ACUUAGUUUGUGAUAAAAAGACCAUCUCCUGCACAGCUUGUCUUGUUCAGCUCUUUGUAGAGCACUUAUUUGGUGGUGCUGAAGUCUUCCUUCUGGUGGUGAUGGCCUAUGAUCGCUAUGUGGCCAUCUGUAAAGCACUGCACUAUUUAACCAUCAUGAAUCAACAGAUUUGUGUCUCACUUUUGGUGGUAGCUUGGGCUGGAGCUUUUGUACAUGCUCUGGUUCAAAUUCUGUCUGUAUAUGAACUUCCUUUCGGUGGAUCUAAUGUCAUUGACCACUUUGGCUGUGACAUGUACCCUUUAUUGGCACCUGCAUGCACUGACACUUACUUUAUUGGUCUCACUGUAGUUGCCAACAAUGGAACCAUGUGUAUGGUAGUCUUUGUUCUUCUUCUACUCUCCUAUGGAAUUAUCUUAAGCUCACUUAAGACUCACAGUCAGGAAGGGCGGCGAAAAGCCCUGUCUACUUGCAGCUCUCAUAUCAUGGUGGUUGUCCUCUUCUUUGUUCCCUGCAUUUUCAUCUAUGUUAGACCUGUUCCUAACUUUCCUAUUGAUAAAUCUAUUUCUGUUUUUUAUACAGCUAUCACUCCCAUGUUGAAUCCUUUAAUAUAUACAUUGAGAAAUUCAGAGAUUAAAAAUUCUAUGGAAAAUAUCUGGUGUAAAAUGUUAAAUAUAGAUAGA